AGCCGCGCGCUCGCUGGCAGGAGGGUGGGUAGUUUGCCCAGCGUUGGGGGCUGGUCCCAUAAAAGAGAAAGUACACUUAGACCCGACCCCGCUGAACGCUGUUAGAAACCGUCCUGGCUGGGAGGCAAGAGGUGUGUGACUGGACAAGACUCCUUUCUGGCCGUCAGUCUUGCCAUCCUCACAAAGAGGUUGGCGGCCCGAGAGAGUGUGAGGCAGAGGCGGGGAAUGGCAAAGGAGUGACCAUCUGGGGGAACGAAAGAGUAAACGCGGUGAUAGGACGCACGGAAAUGGGAGUGGAGAAAGUCACGGAGAGAACCUUAGGCGGGGCGUUUCCCGCGGAAAGGCGGCGGCUCCAGCGUCUUUUCACCCAAGUACGAGCUGGCACGCCCCGCCCCGCACGCCCCGCCCCGCACGCCCCGCCCCCGAGACCUGUGCCGAGCCGCCGCCCGCGCGGAGCCACACUGCAAAGCCCUGCUGUUCGCGCCUUGAGAUCGACCGUCCGCGUUGGUCCGGCUCGCCCGACGCGCCCUCCUCCAGCCGAUACACGCAGCCGCACGCACUCUCGUGUUCUCCCUGAGGCUCGGACACAUAGUAUGACCAUUAGGUGUUUCGUCUCCCACCCAUUUUCUAUGGAAAACCAAGGGGAUCAGGCCAUGAUAGCCACUGGCAGCUUUGAAGAACGGGACACCUUUAGAGAAGCUUGAUCUUGGAGGCCUCACCGUGAGACCUUACAAAGCCAGAUUCCGGCAGAGUUCCUCUAUCUCGUCUUGUUACUGAUUAAAGGUGCCCCGUCUCCAGUUUUUUUCCGUCUCCUGGGAGGUAGCAGGAAAUCAGCAUCAUGGUUGGGUUCAAGGCCACAGAUGUCCCCCCUACUGCCACUGUGAAGUUUCUUGGGGCUGGCACAGCUGCCUGCAUCGCAGAUCUCAUCACCUUUCCUCUGGAUACUGCUAAAGUCCGGUUACAGAUCCAAGGAGAAAGUCAGGGGCCAGUGCGCGCUACAGCCGGCGCCCAGUACCGUGGUGUGCUAGGCACCAUUCUGACCAUGGUGCGUACCGAGGGCCCCCGAAGCCUCUACAAUGGACUGGUUGCCGGCCUGCAGCGCCAAAUGAGCUUUGCCUCUGUCCGCAUCGGCCUGUAUGACUCUGUCAAACAGUUCUACACCAAGGGCUCUGAGCACGCCAGCAUUGGGAGCCGCCUCCUAGCAGGCAGCACCACAGGUGCCCUGGCUGUGGCUGUGGCCCAGCCCACGGAUGUGGUAAAGGUCCGGUUCCAAGCUCAGGCCCGGGUUGGAGGUGGUCGGAGAUACCAAAGCACCAUCGAUGCCUACAAGACCAUUGCCCGAGAGGAAGGGUUUGGGGGCCUCUGGAAAGGGACCUCUCCCAAUGUUGCUCGUAAUGCCAUUGUCAACUGUGCUGAGCUGGUGACCUAUGACCUCAUCAAGGAUGCCCUUCUGACAGCCAACCUCAUGACAGAUGAUCUCCCUUGCCACUUCACUUCCGCCUUUGGGGCAGGCUUCUGCACCACUGUCAUCGCCUCCCCUAUAGACGUGGUCAAGACGAGAUACAUGAACUCUGCCCUGGGCCAGUACAGCAGCGCCGGCCACUGUGCCCUCACCAUGCUCCAGAAGGAGGGACCCCGAGCCUUCUACAAAGGGUUCAUGCCCUCCUUUCUCCGCUUGGGUUCCUGGAACGUGGUGAUGUUCGUCACCUAUGAGCAGCUGAAACGGGCCCUCAUGGCCGCCUGCACUUCCCGAGAGGCUCCCUUCUGAGCCUCUCCUGCUGCUGACCUGAUCACCUCUGGCUUUGGCUCUAGUUGGGCCAUGCUUUCCUUUUCUUCCUUCUUUCCCUUCCCUCCUUCCCUCUUUCCCCGCCUCUCCCUUCUGCUCCUUUACCCACCACCUUCCUCUCUCCACAUUGUCAUCUCCUCAUUGUCUCUCAGUGCUGGUGGAGUUGACAUCUGACAGUGUGGGAGGCCUGGUACCAGCCAGGAUCCCAAGCCUCCCGUCCCUUGGAACAUUCAGCCAGAAUCUUCAUCCUGCCCCCUGCAGCCCACCCUAGCCCACUCGUCACCCAUAAAGCAAGCUCAACCUUGG